GAGAAGACGAAGGAGUGAGCGGUGGAGAGCUCACAGGGACACUGUGCUGUAGUGAAAACAACUCUCCUGAAGGACACCUCUGGAGUCCGGUGACCUCAGCCCAUCUCACAAACACCAACAUGUUUGAGGAGCAGGCUACCAAGGUGAAGAUCACGUCAGUGGUGAUUGUGGUGGGCAUGUCGUCCAUGCUGGCUGCUGUAGUGACGGACCACUGGGCAGUGCUCAGCCCUCGUGUAGAGAAGCUCAAUGCCACCUGUGAAGCUGCACACUUUGGCCUCUGGAGGCUCUGUAAGAAGAGUAUCUACAUAGUACAAGAGGACCCGCAGGGCAAAGGCUGUGGCCCCAUCAGCUUACCUGGAGUAAAAAACUGCUCUUAUUUUAAACACUUCACGUCGGGGGAAGAGGCUGAAGUUUUUGAAGUAAAGACGCAGAAAGAGUACAAUAUCUCUGCUGCAGCCAUUGCCAUCUUCAGCCUGUUCUUCAUGAUCCUGGGCACGCUCUGUGUGGUCUUCUCAUUUGGGAAGGGCCGGGACUACCUGCUGAGGCCUGCUGGGAUGUUCUUUGCUUUUGCAGGCCUGUGCAUCAUCAUUUCAGUGGAGGUGAUGCGCCAGUCUGUCAAGAGAAUGAUUGCCAGUGACGAGACCAUCUGGAUUGAAUACUACUACUCGUGGUCCUUCACCUGUGCCUGCGCCGCCUUCACGCUCCUCAUCCUCAGUGGCGCCACCCUGCUGGUAAUCUCUAUGCCUCACAUGCCCCGCAAUCCCUGGGAGACCUGCAUGGAUGCUGAGCCGGAGGUGCUAGACUGAACAAUUACAACUGAAGAGUAAAAUACAGCCCUUUAAUAUUUGAUUUUCAUACAGAAUGUACAGCUGCAAGUUUGAAAAUUGAAGAAAGUAGAGGAAAGAAAGUUUUUUUUUUUCUUUUACAAUCUAAUGCUAGUGUUUCUAUCCCUUUAACCAUGCUUUACAGUGUAAUCAGAAAUAAUGUAUUAGAGGCUUUCUUUUUAGUAAAACAAGAAAAAAGCGGUAAAGUUUGUCCAAUUUAGAAUAUAUAGACUACUUUGUGUACACGGUGUAUCAGUUAAAGGAAGCAUACUACACAAAAUCAACUUUUAUGAACUCAUCACCAGGCUUUAAUGUUUUUCCCUCAUCAUUACUCAAAGCUGUAUUUUGAUGGGUUCAUGCAUGUUUGAUUGAUUGUCCUGCAUUUGAAACUUGAGCGCUUAGAAAAUCUUUGUUUUCACCUACCCCCUACUCCCACUCACAUCCUUGGACUUAGUUAUGAUUAUUAAAACAGGACGUAAACUGUGCCAUUUCUAUAAUUUUUAAAAAAGCAAAAUAUGUCCCCUUUAAAGGCAAUGUGAGUUAAAUGCUGUUAUGAUCGAGUGUCACACUGUUGAGAGGUCACUUAUGGGAGAACUCGGAAUCAAUGGAAUGAUUUUUAGACACUGACUGACAGAAAGCUUACAGAGCGUCAGGAUUUGCAUUUUUAUUAGAAAUAUUUUGAUUUUUUCUACACAGCUGAAAUAUAUAAUGAUUGGUAAUGCAGUUUUAUAAGUGGUUAUGUAUAAAAUCAAACUGGAUGUAUUUGCGAUAAAUUAGCUGUUUAUUGGUGAGCCUUAGUGUUUAUAGAACUGCACUGCCUGUUCUGUUCCAUUUAGUGAAUGUUUUGCUUAGUAGUAAAUGUAAGAGUAUGUUUACUUAAGGUAAUUUAAGGUUGUAAAUGUAGGCAGUUACAACCCCCCUCUGCUAAACCUGCCAGAGGAAAACAGAGCUCUAUUAAGUCCUCAGUCAGCUCUGAGUGAAGACAUGAAUCACGCUAAUGCCACUGUCCUCCUGUCCCCCAGGAUGCUACAGAUCAAUGAGAACAUUGAUCGUCUGGAGAGGCCCAACUGGUCCCAUACUCCCUGCUGGUUGGGAUCUGCCAUUGAUUUUAGGUCAGUGUUCAACAGCCAGUGUCCCAGUCCAUAAUACUAUGCAUAAUGGCCACUGGACCCCGCGACUAUACUUCAUGCCAGAGUCAGUAAAUGUUUAAGAUAAGAUUCACAAACAGUUGAAGAGCUUUAUAUAGAAUAGUUAAAUAUUUGCUUAAAACCCAAUGCUUUUAUUUAAUGGCUUUACACCAAACAGGCAUAACAUUGUGAUCAUCAACGUAAAUAGGAAUGUAAACUUUUGUCAGCAGUCCAUUUGAGUACCAAUUUUAUACAAUUUUAUACUGGAAACAGCAAUAGCGGUUUCAACAUAGGGUUUUACAGACACAUAAAUAUAUUUUCGACAUACAUCCUAUCCCUUUAUUAAACAGCAAAGUUUAGUUGUAGUUUUGUAUUUUAAUGGUUUUAGUUACUAUUUACCCAUAAUGAUGCAGCUAUAUGUAUUGGUGCUUUGAGAAGCUGAAUGCAUAAAGUAUUUUCACUGUUUCUUCUUGAAAAUAAACAAUCAAAAGUC